CGAACGAUAACGUUGCCUGGAUACUGUCAUUAGCUUAGCAAGGUCAACAGGCGGCUGAUGAGGAAUAUUUGCUGUAUAUUAUUUCAUUUGAUUGUGUCUGAAAAUGGCUGACGCAAAAACAGAUUCUAUGUAUGAAAGUGCACGUCUUAAUCUUUUAGAAGUUAUCGAAGAAAGGAACAGGGCAUUGAAUAAGAAGUCACUAUUGCAUCGCUUGGUUUAUGUUGCACAGCUUUCAGAGAAUCUAAAUGACAAGAAUGAUCUUGGUGCCCACUAUGAAAAACAGUUAAAGAACUGGCAGAACCAUCACCAAGGAGAAAGUGCUACAGGCUUGCUCUUAGCUUAUCCAAACUACUUUGUACAUCUCGUGGAGACAUGCAGUGAUGAGAUCACUGCCAUCAUCAGAGAUCUGAAGCAGAUGACAGAGACAGAGAACAGUCCCAUCAGCCACAGUAAGAUCCUUGUGAUAUCUAGCAAUGUACCCAGCAGGCUCUUCCAGCAGUGGAGCUUCCGAGUGCUCAACUUGCCUGCAUCACGAUUGGAGGAAUAUGAAACAAGUGAACCUAUUGAGAAACUGGUGCCUGAAUGCUUGACUUUGAUGUUAAAACUUGGAGCGUACCUUGCAAAGCAACCAAAGAUAACACAACGAAAUAUCAUGGACUCGCUACAUGAGAAGGUUCCCGAUUUACUCAUUCCACAAGAUCUGAUUGGUUUCUUACUUCGGUCAGAUGACCUCUUGUCACCGCAAAGUUAUCUGGAAAAGUAUGACCGACCAUUUGAUAUUGUCUUGGACAAUGAAUUGGUAUGGCCUCUUCCAACAAGAAACUUUCCUAUCAAUUAAAAAUAAAUCCUAUGAAAUAUUGUAGAAUACUAUUUAUAAACUUUUUUUUUUGUAUAUUAUCUGUGAACAGCUUUGAAUAUUAAAAGCUCAUAUCUUACAGUAAAA